UCAAGGUCCCCGUGCAGCAGGAUCAUCCUGCUCGUAACCCUAUCGCAAGCGCAGAAAUUGUCCCUGUACUGCGCUCGCAAACCUAUUGAGUCGUUCUAGAACAACCCGACAGGUGCUUAAUAGAGCUGAGUCCUUCAACGUCUCCAACGCCGUGUUUCGAGACACUGAGAUCGCUACAGUGCCGCGCCACUGCACUUUUGGUAAGUCAUAGUCGCAUUUAUUGAGAUAGUAGUCCUCGGUUCCCAGCAGAAGUUGUAUGGUCAUCAAGUAAAACUUGCCAAGAAGAUGAUGCCCCCCGAAAGACGCACCACGGUGACCGUGGAUGCGUCGGAUGCGCGCAUUCCGGUCACGUUUCGAAAUCUGUCGUACCGUGUGGAGCUCCCAACGAAGGAUGACAGUGGGAACAAGAAGCAGUUGCAGAUUUUGAAGAAUCUAACCGGCUGCUUCCAGCCGGGCAAGCUGACUGCCUUGAUGGGCCCCUCCGGUAGCGGAAAGACCACACUUAUGGACCUCCUGGCCGGACGCAAAACCAUGCAACAAGCGCACACCGAAGGCUCGAUUUGCUACGCUGGACAGCCCUUGCAGCGGGAGAUGUUGUCGAUGGUGACCGGCUACGUCGAGCAGUUUGACUAUGGGAGUGUCAGGUUUGAAAUCGACAAAGUUGAAAUAAUUUGCAAUGUAAAUGUAUAAAAUGGAUGCCAGUUAGACCUGCAGUUUGUAGUCGGUGCAUGACAAAUUCUUCCCGGUCCUGGAAGCGAGUCUGUCAUGCGGUUUAGGGCAAAAGAGCUGCCUUCUGUCAUGCUAGUCAGCAGUCCAACUUUUGACCCUUACCAGGACUAUAAUCUGCCUCCCUUACGUCCUCUGCAAUAGAGUCAUUUUUUGUGUCGCAUUUUAUGCAUUACAAGUUGAAGUUAUUUCAACUUUGUCGAUUUCAACUCUGACACAUCCAUAUUGACACCCUCGCGGGAGAACUCACAGUUCGAGAGAUGCUCCUCUACACGGCUGAGCUGAAGCUCCCGAGGACUAUCGGCAGGGAGGAGCGCGUGGGGCUCGUGGAAAGCGUAAUUCGAAAACUCUCCCUCCAGCCCUGCGCCGAUACGAAGAUAGGAACCGUACUGCAGAGGGGCAUAUCCGGCGGCCAGGUGCGCCUUGAUCAAGUUCUUUCAAUCAUGUUGCAUAUUCACUAGAAGUUGACAAAAACGAUGUCGUUGCAUUGAAAGUUCUAUUGGUCGUAAGGAGAUCGGUAGCAUAAAAAUGUUGCUCGUCUUUAGUUUGAAGAGCUACAAGUGGGAAUUAGAAGUCUAGUCUUCAUCAUGAAAAUAAGACCGCACAACAGUGAAAAUUGUAAAUGUGGAAAUAAUCAUAGGCCAAGCGCACGAACAUAGCCAUGGCGCUGAUCACCCGACCGGCUGUGAUCUAUCUGGACGAGCCGACGAGCGGCCUAGACAGCUACACCGCGAACGAGGUGGUGAUGUUGCUGAAAGCGCUGGCUGCCGAGGGGCGAACCGUCGUGUGCACGAUUCACAGUCCGACAGCUUUGGCCUUUUCCCUGUUCGACGAGUUGGUGAUGCUCCGGGACGGGUGUUUGCUCUAUCACGGCGAAUUGCGAAAAGCGCAACCUUACUUCGAAAAGGUUUUCGCCUCUGAAGGAAAUUUCGCCGCAACUACUGCCUCCGGUGACAAGCCACUCCAGCUACCGGAAGUAGUGCAGCCCCCGUUUAAUAGCAGUGGCGCAGUGGCUCCCACCGAAGCCGCGGACGGCACGGCAUCCGCACAGAAGAAGGACGAGCAAGACGUUGCGAUUUCCAUGGAACAAGAAUUGAUGAACAAGCACGUCGCGGACGGCACUACCGUGCGACAGCGCGUAGUGACGAACGACUCUGCGGGGUCGAAAAGCAAGCCAAAGCGCAUUGACUUUGGUUCUUUCAGUUUGCCGGAAUGGCUCGUCGAUGUCACUUCCGGAAACGUGUCCCAGACCACCUACGACUUGGAGGAGGCGUCACCCGCGGAACUCCUGGCAAGAAGUUCCUCGAAAGAGGACACGCCCGUGGUCGCAGGGGCGACGAAAGAUAAUAAGCCAGCCUUUUCUUUCGAAGCGGUCGACCUGGUCGCAGCCUUUGCUGGCAGUCCGGACUACUCUGAACUGCUCAAUAAAGUCGGCGAACUAGAAAAGGCCGACCCCAACGACGACCGUACCGCAAAGCUCGCGGCUGGGUACAACCCGCCGAGCUCGUUCUCGAAACUAAAAACCUUGCUGCGGUACCGGAUGCGCGCGCACUACAAGGACCCGGAGUUCCUCGGUCCCCGCAUCGGCGACAAAAUUUUCAUGGGCUUCAUCAUCCUCUCCUUAUACUGGGAUAUUGGGUCCCAGAAAGACGCGCAGUCCAUACUCUCCUGCGCAGCCAUGCUGUAUUUCAUCGUGGCGCUCUGCGGCUACGGCGCUGCCGCGUUCGUCCCGAGCUUGACGCUCGACCGGCCGCUGUACUACCGCGAGACUGCCGACGGAUGCUACGGUAUUCAAAAAGGAAGCCCAAGAAAAGUUUGAAUUUUUUUCGAUACACAUAUUGUUAUCCACCAUCAUGCCAUGCAUACUUAAAUUGCAUUUCAGCUCUUUAGAGUUGUUUGUGUUUGUUCUCAGCAUGCGCCUUCUCUACUCAAACUCAUGUCUGUGUGUGCUUAUUGCGCUUCAACAUCCACAACAAAUCUCUGUUUAUUCAAAAUUUCUUGCCGAAAUAACCAGCAAAAUAAAAUGAAAACUCGUGAAUUCCAGGUCCGCUGACCUAUUACCUGUCCAAGUUCGUGGAAGAGUCCGUUCUCUGCUCCACCACCUCGCUGCUGCUCAUGAUCCCGGUCUACUAUGGUUGCAGCUUGAGUGGAAACCUGUUCAUGCUGAUCCUGAUUUACUACACCACCGCCAUGGUGGGCAUCGUACUCGCGUACCUGUGUGCGGCGGUGUGUCCCACGAUUGAUGCAGCCAACGCACUGCUGCCCACCUACGUGACCGUGUGCAUGUACUUUGGCGGACUCUUCAUGAUUUUCUCCAAGAUUCCGGAUGGCUGGUACUGGUUUUCCUGGAUCAGCUUCCUGCGAUACAGCUGGGGCGCCAUCAUGAUCAACAAUUACCAAGACGACAACCUUACCGAACCGGGUGGCCUACCGCUCUUUUUUCGUGAAAACAGGCCAACCAACGUCUUGCACUUCUACGAGUUGCACGGAGACAUCAUGGGGAACUCCUGGGCGUGCCUCGGCAUGGUGGCGCUGCAACUGGUCAUUUUCUCCGCCUUGGGCGCUUUGGCUAUCAAGAGCAUCCGACACCAGAAUCGAUGAUGGUAGAGCGUGGGCUUGGGCUUGCGAAUCACCUCUAUAUGUUUGUGUUAAUCCACCUUUAUGCACAUGCAGCCGAUAUCGAUAAAUAACUUCUAAAUCAUUUUUUAUUUUUCUUGUGAGUCGCGCUCGAAGGAUGGAGGAAAUUAAUAGUGUCGGAAAAUGGAAAAUAUGUACAAUGUUCUUCUACUCCAUCGGUACCCGCGGCGAUAACACGGGUGGAUGGAAUACAGCGAAAUACAUAUCCCGUGCGAGUCCUCAUAACACCACGCAUUGUAGGAUCUAGAACAUGCUACCGUGCAUUUCAAUGUUUCAGAAGUUGGAAUCGAAUGAUUGUCGAAAUCGAAAUGCUUAGCAGGACUACAUUUUUUGGACAUUAUCAUCAUCCUAAAGAAUACACUCCACCGGAAAAUCAACUCUGUGUCGAGAAAAAGGAAAAGCGCCUGCUCUUUUGUUCCAUUACUUCUUAAGUGAGUACUUCCUG